AUGUCUGCGCCACCAUACAUGAGUAAUGAUCACUUCAUCUGGACCACCGACAAACCGGAUGCGGAACUCAUUGAGCCUGAAAUUUUAGCAUCGAUUGAUAAGAAUUUGCUCAUUUUUAGUUUAAAGAAAGAUUAUCCUCCUCAAUCUCAUGCUUUCACAUUGUACAAUCACGGCGAUCACGCUUUUGCGUUCAAUAUUUCGACAAGUGAUAAUUAUGCUUAUUUCGUAUCACAGGUACAAGGUGUAGUAUUCGGUCGUCAGUUGCAUGCCCUACCUUUUGUACGAGCUACUAAUUCAACAACAAUAACUGUUUAUCGAAGGCCCACGAAUGCUUUCAAAGUGGACGAGGACUAUCCGUAUAUCAAAAGAACUGAAUUUCCCCGAAAAGAUCGCUUAUUCAUUUAUUUGGCACCAGUUUUUCACUGGAAAACUCAACCGACAUCCUUAUUUAAUCAUGCAAUGCCUUAUGAAAAAUUAAGGAUUUGUCUGAAUUAUACGGCUCAGAGUUCUUACGAAGGUUCAAAUUUUUCAUUACAACAAGAACGUAAUGGAUGGAACACAUGGCAGUCACAUAUUCAGAAAGCUCGAGAUUGA